GUAUAUUUAUUGUGAUUAGUAAAGUGUAGUGGUUAGUGAAGUGUUUUCCAUAAUCAAGAAUUUGCAAGUCAUGUCUGCACAAUAUAUUGCACCGAACCAACUGGAGCUCACAAAUAUCCAGUUCUGGUUUUUAUCCAUGGGGAAUCGUACGAGUGGAAUAGCGGUAAUCCAUAUGACGGAUCUGUCUUGGCCGCUUACGCUGAUUUAGUAGUGGUUACAUUGAACUACCGACUUGGGAUUUUAGGUUUCUUGAAUGCGAAUCCUUCGCCCGGACGCCGAGCUCGUGUUGCCAAUUACGGUCUGAUGGACCAAAUUGCUGCCUUGCAUUGGAUACAACAAAAUGUUGCGUUAUUUGGGGGAGAUCCGGAGUCCGUUACCCUUAUGGGACAUGGAACCGGCGCGGCCUGUAUUCAUUUUCUAAUGGCUUCGCCUGCGGUGGUGCCAGGAUUAUUCCACCGAGCUGUCCUGAUGAGUGGCUCCGCCCUUGGAGCAUGGGCUUUGGUUCAGCGACCGGUUGAAUACGCACUCAAACUUGCCAGACAAGUAAACUGCACUCCGCCUACUGAUAUGUCAAGGGAACAUGAAACUAUUGUCGAUUGUUUGCGAGAGGUUCCAUUGGCGUCCUUACUAGCUGCCCAAGUGGAACCACCAAAAUAUUUGAGUGCUUUUGGACCAUCUGUUGAUGGUGUUGUAAUAAGAAGUGAUUUUGCAAGAGAUCUCCUAAGAAGGCCAUCUGGUUUUGCUGGUCAAGGCGGUGGUGCAUCAGGUUUAGACUAUAAUGGUGCAUCUGAUUGGGCAGGACAACUCAGAUCUGCAGGUGGUUCUGGUCUUGGCGCUGAUGGGUCUAAUAAGGGCCAGGAUAGACUGGGACCAGUUCCACAUGGACAAAAUAAAUAUGACCUAUUGUUUGGCGUGGUAACCUCAGAAUCCCUCAUGAGAUUUUCGGCUUCUGACGUCCAGUCGGGUUUUGAAGGCAACAGACGUGACAGAAUUUUGCGCACCUAUGUCAGAAACGCCUACACAAGGCAUCUCUCCGAAAUUUUCUACACCGUCGCAAAUGAAUACACAGAUUGGGAACGAACUGUUCAGCAUCCAAUAAACACUCGAGAUGCAACAGUAGCAGCUUUAAGUGAUGCACAAUUUGUUGCACCUUUGGUGCAAACCGCAGACCUUAUGAUUUCCUCCAGGGCUCAUACAGGCUCAUCUAAUUCUGGCACAAAAUCCGGUUCUGAAACUUUAAAAGAUCAAAAUGGUGAAGAAGACGGCGGUAUGAAAGCAUAUUUUUACGUAUUUGACUAUCAGACAAAGGACGGCGAUUAUCCUCAGAGGAUGGGUUCAGUACACGGCGAAGAGUUAGCAUACGUUUUCGGAGCUCCGCUAGUGGACGGCUUUUCCCAUUUUCCGCGAAACUAUACGAAAAGCGAGCUCGCACUAUCAGAGGCCGUGUUGAUUUACUGGGCCAACUUCGCCAGAACCGGGAAUCCGAAUGAAAUUAAAAAACAGGAACAAGUUUUACCAGUGUCCAGAGAACGCAAUAGGUUCCGUUCAAUUGUUUGGGAACAAUAUGAUCCAGUGCAUCAGAAGUAUCUAGAAAUAGGUAUGAAACCACGACUGAAAAACCAUUUUCGUGCUCACCAAUUAUCAGUAUGGCUGCGACUUGUACCUGAACUUCAUCGAUCAGGAAGUGAAGAUGCUGGUACAAGGCAUAAUUUAUUUAGACAUCAUUCCGAUCCUAAUUUAUAUGAUGGCCUAGUAAGGCAAUUAAAGGAUGAUGCAGGAAAUAUUUUGACUGAUGAUUUUGAUGAUUUGCCACCUGGAGGUGUAAACAUUAUCGGUGGUUCUAAUAAUAAUGGUUUGGACGGACCAGGUCUUUAUGGAGAAUACGUCACAUGCGUUACACCUACAGUUGCUGUCAAUGGAAUGUUUAAUAUUCAGCUGGCCAAUAGUACAAGUCUGAAUUCCUUGCACAACAUUAACCAGGAGAGCGAUCAGCAGGCUCCACCGCCGUCGUUGCAUUCCGACAAUGCCGGCUAUUCGGCGUACUCGACCGCUUUGAGUGUCACCAUUGCCGUGGGAUGCUCGUUACUGAUACUCAAUGUUCUCAUAUUUGCGGGCGUCUAUUAUCAACGGGACAAGACCAGAUUGGAAGCGAAAACUGUACAACAAAGAGGACCUACAGGUGCAACUAUACUUAACCAAAGCGGAGCACUACCUCACCAGGGUGACCACUUCAUGGAAGCAACACUUGUUCCUUCGAAACGUUACGUGGGCAGUGACGUGACAAACGUUAGAAGUGACGUUGACGUCGAACGUGAUGUUAAUGCAUUAAUAAUGGCUGACACGCAAAGAUUGCGUCAUCUGGCUAAUAGCGCAGUUAAAUCCUGCAACCAAACCAGCACACUUCCGAGAAAUGUAGCAGCUUCUCAAAUGAUGCGACAAAGCGAUUGCCUGACACUUCCUAGACAUGCUGCAGGUGUAAUUGCAGAAAUGCAGCAAACUCACAAUAGCGGUAGAUUUAGUACAUUGCAGCAUCCUCAACAGCAAAAUGCAACAAAUGGACCACCUAAUGGAUCCGUUCCUAGACCACCACCGCCUCCAAGAUGCCACAGCCCGACAGAGCAUAGGCCACAACAACAAUUGCUGCAACAGCAAAUGUUACAGCAGCAACAGCAACAGCAGAUGCAAACUGCUACACUUGGUCGCUCACAAAACAGAGUUCCGCAAGCGGCGCUAAGCGAAAUGAGAGUAUGAUGACACGCUGACGAGAAAAUCGGAGAACAAUGUGAUCUAUGUAAAACAGCGACACAGUAACAAAUUCGGGAUUGAGUUGGAUAUUUUAUAAAAGACUGCAGUGAUUUGUCCCUGAGUGCUAAACUUAGUGAAUCUGUUAAAUAAACAAAUAAAAAUUCAGUGAUCAAGGUACAGUGAAUUAGUGUAUAAACAUGAUUGAA